CUGCAGCUAACUAAAUGAACCCGUAGGGCCUAGCUAACGCUACAGGACGGUCUAAGCCGCUGCUGCCAUGACUCAGUCCGUUAUUGUUCAAGUCGGACAGUGUGGAAACCAGGUCGGAUGCAGGUUCUGGGAUCUGGCUCUGCGCGAGCACGCGCACGUCAACAAGAAGGGACAGUACGACGAGGCCCUCAGUAGCUUUUUCAGGAAUGUGGAUCCCAGGAGAAGCGAUGGAGGAUCCUGUUGUGUUGGAGGGAGGAUCCAACAUCUGAAGGCCAGAGCGGUCCUGAUUGAUAUGGAAGAGGGCGUGGUCAACGGGAUCCUGCAGGGCGCACUGAGGGAGGUGUUCGACAGCGCUCAGCUCCUCACAGACGUCUCGGGUUCAGGCAACAACUGGGCUGUUGGUAACCUGACAUACGGCUCUGCCUACAAGGAGUUGAUAGUGGACAAACUGAGGAAGGCUGCAGAACACUGCGACUGUCUCCAGUGCUUCUUUCUCAUUCACUCAAUGGGAGGAGGUACAGGCUCCGGUUUGGGGACCAGAGUGCUCAGCCUGCUGGAAGAGGAGUUUCCUGACGUGUGUCGCAUCGUCACCGCCAUGUAUCCAUCAGCAGAAGACGACGUCAUCACUUCUCCCUACAACAGCGUCCUUGCCAUGAGAGAGCUGACAGAGCAUGCAGACUGUGUCCUUCCUGUGGAAAACCAGUCUUUAGUGAACAUUGUGAACAAGAUCAGCCUUAUGUCUCAUGGUGCAAAGCCUGGCUCUGUGCUGAGGAAGGACAGCGCCGUCACCUCUGGACGGGGCUCGCUCAGCCCAACAGAAAAACCUUUUGAUGCAAUGAAUAACAUAGUGGCUAACCUGCUGCUCAAUAUUACCAGCUCUGCUCGUUUUGAGGGCUCUCUCAACAUGGAUCUGAAUGAGAUUGCUAUGAACCUGGUCCCCUUCCCUCGUUUACACUACCUUGUGCCCAGCCUCACCCCCCUGUACACACUGGCGGAUGUCAACAUUCCCACUAGAAGAUUGGAUCAGAUGUUCAGCGAUGCCUUCAGUAAAGACCACCAGUUAAUCCAAGCUGAUCCGAAGCACAGCCUCUAUUUGGCCUGUGCUCUGAUGGUCAGGGGCAACGUGCAGGUGUCUGACCUCCGCAGGAACAUCGAGAGACUGAGACCGUCUCUGCCCUUCGUGUCAUGGAAUCAGGAGGGCUGGAAGACAGGGCUGUGUUCGGAGCCUCCGGUAGGACAUUCCCACUCCCUGUUAGCGCUGGCCAACAACACCUGUGUGAAGCCCACCUUCAUGGAGCUGAGGGGACGCUUCACAAAGCUCUACAAGAAAAAGGCUCACUUACAUCACUACCUUCAUGUAGACGGGAUGGAUCAGAGCAUCUUCUCAGAGUCUUUGUCUUCUCUUAAUGCGCUGAUCGAUGAGUAUCAUCAUCUAGAUGCCACAAAAGCCAGACUUCUACCUGAUGCGCCCAGACUCUCCAUCGCCAGAUGAAACAUCUCUCCCCAUAAAAUAAAAACUCACCUUUUUAAAUCUGAAAAAAGGCCAUUAAAUGGAUCCAGAUGCAUAAAGGCAUCUGUUUAAUGCUUUAUGUAUGGUGUAUAUAGUAACGGUUUCUGUCCAGCUGUGUGACGAAGGAGCUCAGCUGUACAGCGGUGAUGCUUUCCUCAUCUGAACAGAGCAAACUGUAGAGUUGUGUUCUUUCUUUUUGUGAUUCUGUAAAUUUGACUUUGUAAAUAAAACCAAUUUAUUUUGUCUAUUUCAA